AAAUUCUGGUCUGUGUACAACAAUAUAGACGGACCAGAAAAACUCGGUUUUAGGAGCAACUUACAUUUUAUGCGUAAAGGUAUCAAGCCUAUCUGGGAAGAUCCACGCAAUGAAUAUGGAGGAUCAUUUAAUUUUAAGAUUCCUAAGGCACAAUCUCCCCUAGCCUGGAGAGAUCUUCUUGUGCUAUUGAUUGGUGAAAGAGUUGAAGGAUGUAUAGAUGACACUGUGUGUGGUGUGUCUGUAUCUUCUCGGCAACAAUGUGACAGCUAUCAGAUUUGGACAGCAAAUGGGCAUAACUCUGCACAGGAUGUGGAAGUGCAGAACCAGUUGGCAAGUCUUAUGAAACCAGCAGAGAUUCAAUCGUUCUAUUUCAAGAGUAAGCUAUUUUUUCGGUUUCUUUUAUGUAAAGGGGUUGAGAAAAGAUAUUGA